AUGUGUAAAACACAGUGUGUUUUGGCGUUGUUGGCGCUCUCCGUGGGGGUGGCCCACUCCUGGGAUAUUGCCGUGACGUCAGGAGACCGGCUAGAAUUUUUUUUAAGCAAUGGAACUAAAUCCCAAACAGAAGACUCACAGUUCAGAGACCUCACACUGUUAGCUUACGAUGCAGUGCACAACAUGUUACUGUUUGUCGACAGACAGAGCGACAACGCAUCUAUAUUUAGUUUUAACAUUACAAGCAAAAAGUACCAAUCUUUAGUUGCUAAGAAAGCAUAUGAAAAUAUCCAAGGUUUGGCCUUUGACCCAGUGAAAGGUUUGCUCUUCUGGACUGACACAAACGACAGAAGCAUAUACUGGAUUUCAUUAAAGCCUGGAUAUAAGAACCAUCUAUACGGCAAUCUUUUAAUCAAGAUGGAUGAUGAGCUUCCCAGAGCCAUUGCAGUGGACAGCUGUAGAGGGUACGUCUACUGGACUAACACAAACGUUAAGAAGCCUACGAUAGAAAGAGCUCUCUACGACGGCACCAAAAGAGAGGUCAUAGUAGACAACAAUAUUUUUAUGCCAGUCAGCUUGGCUAUUGACCAGCAGACGAAGAAAUUGUACUGGGCUGAUGAUAGAGAAGGUAUUCAUUAUUCUAUUGAAAGCGCAGAUUUGGAUGGAACGAACAGAAAAACUUUAUUAACUGGAAUACAUCAUCAGCCGAAUACAUUGACGGUCUCAAAGGACUCCAUCUACUGGGUGGACUGGGGCUUCAAAUCCGUAUGGCAACUACCAAAGAACCCGCCGAUAGAGCCGGAGCCUGUGCAGAUUAGUAACUUCAAUCCCGAGACUCCUUUCGGAAUUGCUGCUAAUUAUAAAAUUGAAGAUCAAAUUCAAGGAAUUGAGGAAUGCAAAGCACUAAAGAGUCUGCCUCAAAAUAACUCUGAAAUAAGUGACUCUUUCAACAUUCCUAAGGAUGUCGGCCUAUUUUGCGUUCACGGAACUAAAGUUAAUGGGAAACUGCUUUGCAAAUGUACACUUGGGUACACUGGUGACAGAUGCGAUAUUUCAGUCUGCCAGAACUAUUGUUUCCAAGGAGAUUGCGGUGUCAAUGACGUAGGAAAACCAGAAUGCAGAUGUAAUUCUGGUUACUCUGGACAGAGAUGUGAAGUCAAUGAGUGUCAUGGUUAUUGUUUGAACAAUGGGGCUUGUUCUUUGAACGAGAAAAAUGAACGCGAAUGCCAAUGCAUAGGAGACUUCGAAGGGUCAAGAUGUGAGACACCUAAAGUGUUCACUACCACUACAACUUCUACCACUUCCACUUCAACGUCUACACCUACGACUACUACUACGGAUGCACCAGUCAUGGCAGCAGAAACUAAUACAAGUUGCCAGUGCAAUAACACUGAUUCAGAAGCUGUAUCAAGGUCAUCAAUAUCGAUGUCUUCGCAAAAUGAUAUCAUAGCGACCUGCGGUGACGGCUGGGACUCCGUGAGAGACCCUAUCAUCAUAAUUCUGGCGAUCAUCUGCAGCGCGCUAUGUUUAGCUUGCGUAGUACUUAUCACAAAAAUUCUGCAGCUGAAGAAGAGACCGAGAAUCAAGAAGCGUAUAAUCGUGAACAAAAAUGUUACGCCGAUGACGGCAAGGCCUGACCAAUGCGAGAUCACCAUUGAAAAUUGUUGCAACAUGAAUAUUUGUGAAACUCCGUGUUUCGAACCGAGAUCAACUAUAAGACCAUCAUUACUAGACUCAAAACCAGGAAAGGAAGAAAAGAAGAAUCUGAUUGCAAAUAUGGAAUAUCCAGAUGACCCAUACUAA